AUGGCCGCUGCCGAGUCAGAGCUUCGAUCACACGGAUCGGGCAACAGCAAAGCCAUCGACAACGAAAAGGACGACGCUGCGUUGGCGUCCUCCAAUGCCUCCGAUGCUGGCUCGCCCCUCGACAUCGAUCGCGAUAUGGAGAAAUCGGCGCCCGUGGAAGCCAUCUCCGACCAGGGCCACGCCCCCGACCCAGCCGACCCCAAUGUCGUAGACUGGGACUCGCCAGAUGAUCCCCAAAACCCUAUGAACUGGUCCGACAAGAAGAAGUGGAGCAACAUCGCCGUGCUUUCCGUCCUUACCCUGCUCACGCCGUUGGCCUCCUCCAUGUUUGCCCCGGGUGUGCCUCAGCUGGUCAAAGACUUUCACGUAACAAGCCAAGCUCUGGAGACCUUUGUCGUCUCCGUCUAUAUCCUUGGCUUCGCAUUCGGCCCAUUGGUUCUCGCUCCCUUGAGCGAGAUGUAUGGAAGAGUAGUAAUUUACAACGUCUGCAACGUGUGUUACCUCGCCUUCACGAUCGCCUGCGCCUUGUCGCAGAACAUCGGGCAGCUCAUUGGCUUUCGUUUCCUCGCCGGAUCUUUCGGCGUCGCUCCGAUCACCCUGGGCGGUGGCACCAUUGCAGACAUCAUGAAAGCAGAAAAGCGAGGCUCCGCAAUGUCCGUUUGGGCGAUGGGACCCUUGCUCGGACCGGUUAUCGGGCCGGUCUGUGGCGGGUUCUUGUCGAAUGCGAAAGGCUGGCGAUGGAUCUUUUGGGUACUUGCCAUUGCCAUCGGUGCGGCCACGAUCGGCUGCUUUUUGGUGGCGCGCGAAACCUACGCCCCGGUCCUGCUCGAACGGAAGACCAAGCGAUUGAGGAAGGAGACUGGCAACGAGGACCUGGUGUCUAAAUUGGACCUGGGAAUCACGCCCAAACAACUGUGGAUUCGAUCGUUGGUGCGACCGGCGAAGCUCAUGUUCCUAUCGCCGAUCUGCGCCCUCAUGAGCCUGUACCUGGCCAUCAUCUACGGCAUCCUGUAUCUGCUUUUCACGACCUUCACCUUUGUGUUCGAAGGCGCUUACCACUUCUCUGAGAGCAUCGUCGGCUUGGUCUAUAUCGCUCUGGGGGUCGGCAUGCUUCUUGGUCUCGCCAUCUUGGGCACUCAGUCGGACCCGAUCAUGAAGAGACUGGCCGCCAAGCACAAUGGCGGAACCCCCAAGCCCGAAUACCGCCUGCCGCUUCUGAUGUACGGAGCUCCGUUCAUCCCCGUCGGUCUCUUCAUCUACGGCUGGACUGCGCAAUAUCACAUCCAAUGGGCCGUUCCGCUCUUUGGCACGCUGCUCGUCGGCGUCGGCUUGCUGGCGGGCUUCAUGUGUAUCAACACCUAUCUCAUCGACGCCUACACGCGCUAUGCCGCCUCCGCGCUCGCUGCGAACACCGUCCUGCGCUCCAUCUUCGGUGCCGUGUUUCCGCUUUUUGCCCUGCAGAUGUAUGACGCCCUGGGACUUGGCUGGGGCAACAGCUUGAUCGCCUUUGUCUCGCUGGCCAUGGUGCCCAUUCCGUUCGUCUUCUACUACUACGGCGAGCGGAUUCGAACGCAUCCGAAAUUCCAGGUCAAGCUUUAG